CAAUCAGCUCGCAGCACUUUUGCGACGCGACUUCGUGCCGUGCGCGUUGUCAGAGCUGGCAUUCGUGCUACUGACAGCCACGCGCUGCGAAACCGAAGUUCUCCGUGCGCCUGCGCCGCGCUCCCGACAAACACAAAGACUUGCAAGGCUGCCAAAGCGCUGCAGACGCGCGUGGCCUCAUCGCUGCAAGCAAGGCAUAAAAAAAGCCAUGCUCGACGCCGCGACCUGCGAAGCCGCUCUGGCAACCUCGCCCCACGUCACCGAUCACAAAGCCGCGUGCGCCGACCUCGUCACAGCACUUGCAAGGAGACGGCUCUCCGAGGACCACGCGUUCGCGACGUUCGACGACGUGCAGGACUACGUCGACCUAGCGUGCGUUAUUGUGAUUGUGGCCUGCGCCGCAUUAGCUGCGGGUUUAACGAUGGGCGUCACUUCUCUAGAGUCCUCGGAACUCCGAGUGAUAGUAAGGACCGGCACCGCAACCGAAAAGAGCCAAGCCUCGAAACUCCUACCGCUGGUGGAGAGGAGGCCGCAUCACCAAGUACUAGUAACCCUGUUAUUAUGCAACUCGCUCGCCAACGAGGCUUUACCUAUAUUUGUAGACAAACUAGCGCCGACGUGGGCCGCCGUGCUCUUCUCCGUCGUCUUCGUGCUAGUUUUUGGGGAAAUAUUACCGUCGGCCAUCUUCACGGGUCCCUCGCAGCUGCGGAUGGCCGCUCUCUGCGCGCCCCUCGUGAAAUGCGUCCUGGCGGUGUUCUCUCCAAUAACCUACCCUAUUAGCUUGUUACUCGACCACUACCUGCCCGAGGAAGACGACUGCGAAGAACCAGAUGAGAUCGUGGCGCGGGUCGAAGUGGAACGGGAGCUGGCGCAGCUGCGGGGACGGCCGGCGCCCUUCACGGCGGACGAGUCGAACUUGGUGCGAGGAGUGAUGGCUCUACGGAGAACGACCGUCGCGGACGUCUACGUUCCUCUCAAGAGGGUCGCUACCGUCUCAGCAAGUGCGCCGUUGACGCUAGAAACGCUGCAAGCUCUGAGGGAUGCCGGGCAUAGUAGGAUACCUCUCAGGUGGUCGCAGACGCCCGGAGACUGGCGCGAUUUCAUACUCGUGAAGGAGCUCGUCGGGUGCCGACCUGUGCAUACAUAAAAAUUUCGCGGCGCGUUCUUGAAUCGUCGCGUAUGACCUCCACGCCGACGCGACGCCUGCUCGAUAGCGUGGCGAUGCCGGUUCGUCACCGCUCGACGGUCCCCUUGACUCACUGGUUGAUUCCACACAGGUGCCAACCAGACCAGACCAUCACGCUGUCCGGGACGGGCCGAGCUCUAAGAACCCCGCAUUGGGUCUCCCUCGACCAGUCACUACCGGAGGUUUUAGACCUCUUCCAGCAGGGCCAAAGUCACGUCGCGUUCGUGUCGAUGAACCCGCAACGCUCAGCGAGUUGUAGAGUCCACGACCGCGAAACGCUGGCCGUAGGAAUCGUCACUCUGGAGGACGUCGUCGAGGAAUUGAUCACCGAAGAGAUUUACGACGAGGACGACCGGAGGAUCGCCAAAAGGGUCGUCGGCAAUUUCAUCCUCCGAAAAUGGUUCGGGCGGUCGGCGGUCCUGCAGCGGGCGACGCUGUCUGGUCGGCGGGCGUCGCUCGAACGAGGUUCGGUGUCGCCGCCGUCUCGUAGAGGUUCGGUGCGCGGGAGAUUACGGGCGUCGUCGGCGCAUGAGGCCUCGGUGGCUUCUACGGUUGGUCGUGCUUUACGUCGGUUGGGGUCUCAAUCGUCGACGGCGGGCGAGCGGACAAGGCUCGUGGUGGAUGAAGGCGCGGACGUCGUGUGAGUUUAUAUGCUAAGUAUUUGUAAUUAA